CCCCGCGGGCGCUGGCGCUGCUGCUGGCGCUGCUGCUGGCGCUGCUGCUGGCGCGGACGGCGGCGGAGCUGGCGGAGGAGCUGGUGCGGGAGCUGGGGGACGCCGAGGAGGAGGCAGCGGCCGUCGGGGCCGCCCCGCCGGGACCCGCCGCUUUCCACCGCGCCGCUAAGGCGGCUUGGCGGCUGCCCGGGCGGUACGUGGUGGUGCUGCGGACCGGCAGCGGAGGGGCCGAUGUGCGGGGCACGGCGAGGAGGCUGCAGGCGCGGGCGGCUCGGCGAGGGUACCUGAGCGAGCUGCUGCACGUCUUCCACCUCCUGCCCGCCUUCCUGGUGAAGAUGAGCAGCGAUGUGCUGGACAUGGCGCUGAAGCUGCCGCAUGUGGAGUACGUCGAGGAGGAUGCGUACGUCUUUGCACAGAGCAUCCCCUGGAACCUGGGCAGGAUCGUGCCGCCGCAGCCCGGCUCGAGUGCCUACAGCCCUCCCAAUAAAGGUGACCUGGUGGAGAUUUACCUGCUGGACACCAGUGUGCAGAGCAGCCACCGGGAGAUCGAGGGCAGGGUGCUGGUGACUGACUUUGAGAACGUCCCCGAGGAGGAUGGCACCCGAUUCCAUCGGCAGGCCAGCAAGUGUGACAGCCACGGGACACACAUGGCCGGGGUACUGGGCGGGCGCGACGCCGGCGUGGCCACGGGUGCCAACAUCCGCAGCCUCCGUGUGCUGAACUGCCAGGGGAAGGGCACGGUCAGCGGGAGCCUCAUCGGCCUGGAGUUCAUCAAGGCAACGAUGGAUGCUCAGCCCUAUGCACCGCUGGUGGUGGUGCUGCCCUUCGCCGGUGCCUACAGCCGAGUGCUCAAUGCCGGCUGCCGGCGGAUGGCGCGGAUCGGGGUGGUGCUGAUUGCAGCUGCCGGUAACUACAAGGAUGAUGCCUGCCUGUACUCACCAGCAUCCGAGCCAGAGGUCAUCACGGUUGGUGCUACCAACAGCGAGGACCAACCCGCCUCCAUCGGCACCCUGGGCACCAACUUUGGCCGCUGCGUGGACCUCUUUGCACCGGGGGACGACAUCAUCGGUGCCUCCAGCGACUGCAGCACGUGCUUCACGGCGCAGAGUGGGACGUCACAGGCGGCUGCGCACGUGGCGGGCAUUGCUGCCAUGCUGCUCAGCGCCGAGCCCCAGCUGAGCCUCGCCGAGCUCCGGCAGCGCCUCCUGCACUUCGCCACCAAGAACGUCAUGGAUGUGGCCUGGUUCCCUGAGGAGCAGCAGCUCCAGACACCCAACAGCGUGGCUGGGCUGCCCACCCGUCUGGGGGCAGGGGAGCAGCUGUACUGCCGCUCGGUGUGGUCAGCGCGCUCGGGGCUCACCCGACACGCCACGGCCGUGGCUCGCUGCACCGGCACCGAGGAGAUGCUCAGCUGCUCCAGCUUCUCCCGCAGCGGCAGGAGGCUGGGCGAGCACAUGGAGGAGAAGGACGGGCAGAAGCAGUGCGUGGCACACAAUGCUUUCCGGGGCCAGGGUGUCUAUGCCAUCGCCCGGUGCUGCACAUGGCCUAGGGACAAGUGCCAAAUCAACGCCAGCUCCAGGGUGGCUGAAGGGGCCAGCUGCUCCCCGAGGGACCACGUGCUGACUGGGUGCAGUUUCCACUCACCCAUCGCAGCACUGGGUGACAGUGGCAGACCCGUUGCAGGGCUGGAGAGGGAGCCCAGGCACUGCACCAGCAGGACGGAGGUGAUGGCGCAUGCCUUGUGCUGCCCUGCUGCCAGCCUUGAGUGCCGGGUGAAGGAGCACACAUCCCUGGAUGCUGUGGAGAAGGUGACUGUGUCCUGCGAUGCCGGCUGGACGCUGACGGGCUGCAAUGCCCAUUCCCAGAGCCCGGGCACCAUGGGAGCCUACGGCGUGGAUGAUGCCUGCGUGGCAGCCGGUGUCCCUGGCAGCAGCACCGCUGUGGUCAUUGCCAUUUGCUGCCGCAGCCGGCAGUAGGGAUGGGCUGAGCUGGAGACACGUGCCCAGCAGGGCAGGGCUGGACCAUCAGUGCCCACCUCAGAGCCUCCCCAAGGCUGAGCUGCUGGCAACCUCCGGGCUUGGGCUGCUGUGAUGGUGGGGUACAAGCUCAUCACCCUCUUGCAUAGCAGGGCUGAGGCCCAGGCUGGCUUUGUAAGAGGUCUCCAAGCAGCCCCUUCGCAGGCCUGCUGCAUCCCAGGAGUGAUCCCAGCAUCCUUCCCAGGUCUAUGAACACCCCAACUGUAUGAGCCAUCUCA